GGGGCCUAAAUGAUUCGGAGUUCUUAAAGCUUGGACCCACCCUAGUGUAUAUGCCGAAAUGAUCAACUCUGGUUCAGCAGCUUAGCAUUUAUCCUUUGUCAUGUGUCACUCUGGUUCGCAUCUGGUAGCUAGAUAUGGAGCCCGACUACCACCAACACCACCACUUGUCAACCCGACCUCCAAAUGUCACCUUCACUAUCUGAAACCUGUAACACUUAAUUUAACUCUAAUGCCAUCUCUUAAACCGUCCACAGUUACUGCGUUUUCUCACGAAUUCCACACAAAAGAAAUGAGCCAGGGACAGCCCAUAAAGCCCCAAGCCGACCAACUUUCCGACCAGGAAGGUAUCAAGUACGGUGAUGUUUUUGAUGUUACAAGCGGAUUGGCAUCUAAAACUAUUGCACCACGAGAUGCAGCUGCUAUGCUCGAGGCAGAGACUGAAGUGCUGGGAAAGCCACUGGAUACCGGAGCCGGUGCCGUCAUGUAUUCUGCAGCUGCUGCCAACCUGAGAGCCGGUGCUGUUGGUCCCGAUGAGAGCAACGAAAUGGUCGAAAGAGAGGGCGUAGCUGUAUCUAAAUCAACAGAUGCCCAAGGGAAACUUGUUGUUAACGAAGCUAUUGCUGACCAUACGGUAUGUGAGUGUCAGUACAAUCCAUAUGAUUUGCGAGGCAUUACCCUUUCUCCAUCUCCAUCUCCAACGAUAAGAAAUAUUCAAUGGACAGCUCCAUCUCCGUCCCCGGCUGCGGCUCCCACCACGGGUGAUGUUGUUGAUCAAAGUGGCAUCACCAUUGGAGAAGCUUUGGAGGCAACAGUCCUCUCUGUUGGUGACAAACCGGUUGACCAAGGUGAUGCCGCUGCAAUACGAGUGGCUGAAGCGAGGGCUGCUAGCAGCAGGCUAACUCAACAUAGUGGUCUUGGCACUAGAGCUCAAGCUGCUGCCACUUUCAACGACCGUGCGUCUUAUGGUCAUAAUAAGAUCACUAUAUCAGAUGUUUUAUCGGAUGCUUCGGAAAAGCUGCCUACGGUUAAAGCGGUGACAAAUGAAGAUGCAGAAGAGGUGAGAGGGGCGGAGCAAAGAAACAAGGCUGACAUGAUAGCCACGGCUGGAGGAGUGGCGGAUACCAUGGCGACAGCUGCGAAGUUAAACAGGGACAUUCAUACGCCCUGAUGCUUGUAUUACAUAUUUAUACAUUAUAUAGUAGACUUAGUUGAUAUUAAGGGCCGCGGCCGGCUCUUUAUCGUCCGAGUUUUAUUAGCGUAAGACUCCAUCUGGGUUGUACUGUGGCUCGUGUAGCUGUCUUCAACUUCCUGUAUCGAAGCUGUUUUACCUUCGAAUCUUCCUGCCAUGAUUAAAUCAGAAAUUGAGCCUUCAAUUAAAUUGUGAAAAAAAAAUCAUUUUCAUCAUCACAUUCAUAGUAAG